CGCGUUCAUUUCAACUUAACCCCCGCUCCGCGCAGACGCAAGGAGGCUGGCCGUGGUCCACUCAAGUCGUGGUGUCUCUGCGCAGCUUGCCACGACCGACUGGCCUCGACGGCGAUUGGGCCUUCAGGUCUAUCGUCUCGGCUGGGAAGUCAUGGUUAUCCACGCAGUCCACCACGACCGGACUCGGCUGCCUCCAAGUGUACCUGCCUCGAUCACUCGCGCCAAGCGCCGCACCCAGCGCCCUUUAUUAAAGUGCAUCCUCCAAGAAGAAGGACCACGAUGUAUUUUGUAAUAACAUAUUUGUGGCAGGUCCCCAGUACAUUACCCCAAUCGUCGAGGACAUGCUUGUAG